UAGCUAGUUGCGAGGGUCCAUGAGUUGUGAUAAAAUUUAUUGGUAUAAACACUGUUUGAAAUUUUAAAACCAUUUUUUAAUAGUUCGAUCCACCAAAAUGGUUGGGUUCAAACCACAAAAAUAGUUUGGUUUUAACUUUUAAAUGCAAUUCACCAAAUUAAAAAAGCAAUUUAGUUGCCCUAGAAUGUUAUUUAGUUUAAUUUAGCUUGAGAGAAUCGUUUUUCCAGUUCUGUUUAAUUCUCACACAAUUUGGUUCAGUUUUAGCAUCCCUGACAAAACCUUAAUUUCAAUAACAUUUAAUUCAGAAUUCCAGAAUGUCAAAUUCAAUAUAGUUUGUUAUAUUUAAAAUAAAUGUUACUACAACAUUAACCUUCACUCCGACCGUUGUGCGGAGUCAGGACAGCAACCAUAUACGUUCAAAUCUGUUGCAGCUGGGCAGGAAAGGUUCAGGACUCUACACAGUACUUACUAUAGAAAAGCACAACGAAUCAUUCUCGGAGUGCAUAUGCUUUUUGCCCAUAUAGACAUAAGAAUUAUGUUAUUUGGUUAAAGUUAAAGUGCUGGGUAUGAGGACAAGAACAUAGAACUGAGUGAGGCAUGGAAUGAAGUUUGAUUGAACCCCAACUGGUGGUGGUGGUGGUGGUGGGAGAGGCUGAGUUAACCAAACCAAAAAUGAAGGUCAAGCAAAAGCUUCACCAAGCCAUAGAUCUGUUGUACUCUCAUGGACUUGCUUCUUUUGAUGAUUACACUCGUCUUGUGCUUCAUUGUGCUCGGGCCAAUGACUUCAUUCAAGCAAAGAGACUGCAGUCUCACAUGGAACUUAACCUUUUUCAACCCAAAGAUUCCUUCAUCCACAACCAACUCCUUCAUUUGUAUGCCAAAUUUGGCAAGCUCUCAGAUGCUCAAAAUGUGUUUGAUAACAUGACUAAGCGAGAUGUUUAUUCUUGGAAUACCUUGCUUUCUGCUUAUGCAAAGAUGGGUAUGGUUGAGAAUUUGCAUGUUGUCUUUGAUCAAAUGCCUUAUCGCGAUUCUGUUUCAUAUAACACAUUGAUUGCAUGUUUUGCAAGUAAUGGGCAUUCAGGCAAAGCAUUGAAAGUUCUUGUGAGAAUGCAGGAAGAUGGGUUUCAGCCUACCCAGUAUUCCCAUGUGAAUGCAUUGCAAGCAUGUUCUCAGCUUUUGGAUUUGAGGCAUGGGAAACAGAUUCAUGGGAGGAUUGUUGUUGCUGAUUUGGGGGAAAAUACUUUUGUAAGGAAUGCUAUGACUGAUAUGUAUGCCAAAUGUGGUGAUAUAGAUAAGGCACGGUUGUUGUUUGAUGGAAUGAUUGAUAAAAAUGUUGUUUCAUGGAAUCUUAUGAUCUCUGGGUAUGUAAAAAUGGGGAAUCCUAAUGAGUGCAUUCAUUUGUUUAAUGAAAUGCAGUUGUCAGGUUUGAAGCCUGACCUAGUUACUGUUUCAAAUGUUCUCAAUGCUUACUUUCGAUGUGGACGUGUAGAUGAUGCAAGGAAUUUAUUUAUCAAAUUACCAAAAAAGGAUGAAAUUUGUUGGACAACAAUGAUAGUUGGUUAUGCACAAAAUGGUAGAGAGGAGGAUGCUUGGAUGUUGUUUGGUGACAUGCUACGUAGAAAUGUUAAACCUGACAGUUACACCAUUUCUAGCAUGGUUAGCUCUUGUGCCAAGCUAGCUUCCUUGUAUCAUGGUCAAGUUGUCCAUGGAAAAGUAGUUGUAAUGGGUAUUGAUAAUAGCAUGCUCGUGUCAAGUGCUCUUGUUGAUAUGUACUGCAAGUGUGGAGUCACUUUGGAUGCUCGGGUCAUUUUUGAAACUAUGCCUAUUCGGAAUGUGAUCACUUGGAAUGCCAUGAUUCUGGGGUAUGCACAAAAUGGACAAGUUCUAGAGGCCUUGACUCUGUAUGAAAGAAUGCAACAAGAAAAUUUCAAACCUGAUAAUAUUACUUUUGUGGGUGUCUUAUCUGCUUGUAUCAAUGCUGAUAUGGUAAAAGAAGGACAGAAGUAUUUUGAUUCAAUCAGUGAACAUGGAAUCGCACCCACAUUGGAUCACUAUGCAUGUAUGAUCACUCUCCUUGGUCGGUCAGGUAGUGUUGAUAAAGCAGUGGAUCUAAUCCAAGGUAUGCCUCAUGAACCAAAUUACCGUAUCUGGUCCACCUUACUAUCUGUUUGUGCCAAAGGUGACCUAAAGAAUGCAGAAUUGGCAGCUAGUCAUCUCUUUGAGUUGGAUCCACGUAAUGCUGGACCUUAUAUCAUGCUUUCCAACUUGUAUGCUGCUUGUGGGAGAUGGAAAGAUGUAGCUGUUGUAAGAUCUCUCAUGAAGGAAAAGAAUGCAAAGAAGUUUGCUGCUUACAGUUGGGUUGAGGUUGGGAACAAAGUCCACAGAUUUGUUUCAGAAGAUCACUAUCAUCCAGAAGUGGGGAAAAUCUAUGGUGAAUUGAACAGAUUGAUCUCAAUAUUGCAACAAAUUGGGUAUAAUCCAGAUACAAACAUUGUCCUACACAAUGUGGGUGAGGAAGAAAAGUUUAGAUCCAUUUCUUACCACAGUGAGAAACUUGCUCUUGCAUUUGCCUUAAUUAGAAAGCCCAAUGGAGUUGCACCAAUACGGAUCAUAAAGAAUAUACGAGUCUGUGAUGACUGCCAUGUGUUUAUGAAGUUUGCAUCUAUUACUAUAUCACGACCAAUCAUUAUGAGAGAUUCGAACAGGUUUCAUCAUUUCUUUGGUGGGAAGUGCUCUUGCAAUGACAAUUGGUAAAGUCUCAAUCAAAUGCUAAUCUGCUGCACGCUUACUGUUUCCAAAAGGAAGGGUUCUAGCAAUGUAAUAUGCACUCUGUAUCCUUUCUAAAAGAUUUUGAAACAAGGGAAAAAGUCAUGAUAUGAUUCAAGACUCCCAACUCCCAAGUAUUAAAGCAGGUUUGAGCCUUGAAUGGAAGUGUUCAGAAAUAUGCUCAUAAAUUGCUGGGAAAUUGGGGCUAAAUAUUGUUUGUAACAUAUGUUGUAUGUAUCUCAAUAUUUUGGCAGAGGCAAUUUCUAGCUUCUAGCUUGUGGGUCACUUUUUGGAAGAAACCUGUGUAAAUCCUACAUUCAUCAUAAACCACCUGAGAUCAUGAGUCCUCUAGCAAAGUGGCACAGAUCCAAACCAGGCCUGACUGAACGUUUUCAAUUGUUUGUU